GGCCCUGCCAGAGCGCACGUGGCCGGCCGAGGCGCGUCCGGAGAGGAAGGCGCCCCCUCCGGCCCCGCCAUGGGCCCGUGGCUGCGAUCGGCCGGGCUGGUGGCGGGCUCCACGCUGCUCUUCGGGGCGCUCCGCUGGGGGCUCGGCCGCUGCCCGUUGCCGGCUCACGUGCGCCGCGACGCCACCCGUAUCUGGCGCUGGAGGAACCUCCUCGUCUCCUUCGUCCACUCCAUCGUGGCGGGGAUCUGGGCCGUGGCCGGGGUUUGGCAGAUGCCCGAGAUCUUCUCAGAUAUCGUUGACACAGCCCCGCCUUCUGGACGUCUGCUCCUCUGCUUCGCUUCAGGUUAUUUCAUCCAUGAUUCCCUUGACAUCAUCCUCUGCCGGCAGUCCUGUGCCUCUUGGGAGUACUUGGUUCAUCAUGCAAUGGCCGUCACGGGCUUGUUCUCAGGGAUUUUGCUGAACGGGGGCAGGGCUGAUCUCGCUCUUCGUGGAGGUGAGCAACAUCUUCCUGACCAUCCGGAUGAUGAUGCGGCUGGGCAACCUGCCAUUCCCCACCCUCUACCAGGUCAACAAGUAUGCCAACCUGGUUGUGUACUUUCUCUUCCGCCUGGCACCCCAGGCCUACCUGAGCUGGUACUUUGCGCGGUUCGUGGAGGUGCGCGGGCAGGGAGCUUUCCUCAUGUUCAACCUGGUGCUCCUCGACAUCAUGAUCCUGGUGUACUUCUCACGCCUGCUGCGCUCCGACUUCUGCCCGCAAACGCAGCAGCAGGGGCCCGACAGCGAGAAGAAGUUCCUCAUAGACUGAGCGUGCCCCGGAACCUCUGGCGGUGGAGGGGUAGAGCGCAUUGGCCCUGGCCUUGAACCCGAACUCUUGUCACCCAUGUGCCUUAACUGCUGUAGACUCUGUAUUGACCGUGCUGCUCCUGAAGUCGCUUCCUUCCCUGUUGGCCAGUUGAGGGGGUGGGCAGGAAGAUCCAGCUGGAUAGGUCUGAACCUCGGACAGAGCCUUCUGCCCUCUGGAAAGAACUGGAACAUGAAGGCUGGUCUGUGCACAGAAGGGAUCGAAGAAGGGAGGGGGGGUUAGUCUUCCAUGUUUGCUGUUGUAGGGGUUGUUUUCCUCAUUAAAGUCUGUUUGCA